AUGACGACACCGCCAGACUGGGUAAUGCAGCUGCUGCCCGCCGCGCCGACGGGCGCGCACCUCCUCGCUGCCGAGCGCGCGGGGAGCAACGUCGACUCUGGGCGGAUCGCCGAGCUGAUCCACGGCGGGCGGGCCGAGCUGGCGUCGCGCGCGCGCGUCGAGGCUGCCAUUGCCGCGGACCCCAGGCUGGACAUGGACGAGUCGGCGUCGUGGAGCCGCGUGGAGAAGAUUGAGCACUCGCUCGAGCGCGGCAAGGUGCUCAAGCGGCUGCGCAAGCAGCAUAACUGGACAGACACAGAGUACGCGUUCGCGACGCGCAUACAGGGAGACGGCAACGUGUACAACCUGCACGACUCGGCCUUCAUCCGCGUCCUGAAGGACCAGUCGACCGACGAGCAGAAGGCCGCCUUCCUCGCCGACGCGGAGAACGACCGCAUCAUCGGGUGCUAUGCCCAGACUGAGCUAUCGCACGGCUCCAACGUCCGCGGCCUCGAGACCACGGCCACCUGGGACCCGAGCGACAAGACGUUCAUCAUCCACUCGCCGGCCAUCACGUCGGCAAAGUGGUGGAUCGGGUCCAUGGGCCGCACGGCAAACUAUGCCAUGGUCAUGGCGCAGCUCAUCGUCGGCGGCAAGAACAUUGGCCCGAACACCUUCUUGGUCCCUAUCCGCGACUUGAAGACCCACGAGCCCCUGCCCAACGUGUUUGUGGGCGACAUUGGCCCCAAGGUCGGGUACAACCUCGUGGACAAUGGCUUUGCCAUCUUCAACCAGCACAAAAUCCCCCAUCUCAACAUGAUGGCGCGGUUCGGGUGGGUCGACCCCGCGACGAACCAGUUCAAGCGGCGCGGCUCGCCAACACUCACGUACGGCGGCAUGACGUACCUGCGUGUCGGGAUCGCGUUCGACGCGGCCACUGCCUUGGCGCGCGGCGCGGCCGUGGCGAUCCGGUACACUGCCGUGCGGCAGCAGUUCCAGGACGAGGACGACCCGAACGCCAAGGGCGAGACGGCGGUGCUCAACUACAAGAUGGUCCAGUACCGCCUUUUGCCUGCGCUGGCGCGGUCGUACGCGCUCCACUUUGCCGGGCGCGAGCUGCAGGCGCUCUUCAACCGCUUCGACACGGCGAUGAAGAGCGACCAGAACGCGGCGCUCGCCAUCCUCGGCGACCUGCACCUGACCUCGUGCGCGAUGAAGACGUACGCGACCACCGUCGCCGUCGAGGGCAUCGAGACGUGCCGCCGCUCCAUGGGCGGGCACGGGUACUCUGCGUACGCGGGCCUCGGGCACCUGUACGGCGAGCAGCUGCCGUCCGCCACGUACGAGGGCGACAACUACGUCCUCACGAAGCAGGUCGCGCGCAGCCUCCUCAAGUCGGCCGGCGACGUCAUCACCGGCAAGGGCGGCGACACGCCCCUCGACCGCGCGCUCAGGCACUACGCCGAGCGCAAGGACACUGGCGCGGCGUUCGACGUGCUCAACGACGACGAGCAGCUCGUGGCCGCGUUCGGCUGGCGCGUCGCGCACCAGACGUUUGAGAUCCUCCGCCUGAAAAUGAAGGCCAAGGAGACGUGGAACAACCUGCUCGUGCCGAUCUGGCGCCUGUCGACGGCCUACUCGGAGUGGGUGACCGUUCGUGCGUUCUACGAGCGCGUGAGCGGCGCCGGCCGCGAGCGGCUCGUUGCCGACGUCGGCGCGCCCUCGGCGGAUGCGAUCGCGCAGCUGUUCCGCCUGUACGCGCUCAUCACGCUCGAGGAGCGUACCGGCGACUUUGCGGAGUCUGGCGCCGUCAACGCGCAGCAGUUUGGCCUCGCGCGCCACCGCGCCAUCGGCAGCGUGAUUGACGCCGUCCGCCCACACGCCCUCAACCUCGCCGAGGGCUGGGGUCUCUCCGACUUUGUCCUCAACUCGUCCCUCGGCCGCUCGGACGGUAACGGUUACGAGGACAUGUUCCGCAAGGCGGCCGCCAACCCCGUCAACGGCCUCACGUUUGACCCCGACCCAAACUCGGACAUCAUGGUCAAGAGGCGGGACCGCCUCGCAAAGCUGUAA